UUUCAUGGUGACGGGCUUGCAGGAUAUCGACAAAUGCCGUCAGCAACUUCACGAUAUCAGCGUGCCCUUGGAAGUUUUUGAAUACAUAGACCAAGGCCGCAAUCCUCAGCUUUACACUAAAGAGUGUCUGGAGCGAGCUUUGGCUAAAAAUGAGCAAGUAAAAGGAAAAAUUGACACCAUGAAGAAAUUUAAAAGUCUGUUAAUUCAAGAACUGACAAAGGUGUUCCCAGAAGAUAUGGCAAAGUACAAAGCUAUUCGAGGAGAAGAUCCUCCUCCUUAAGUUGGCCUUUGAUAGCUCUAAAAAUGUCAAUUCCAUAAACUGACACCACUCUAUAAAAACAUUGAUUGGAGAGAGGGGGAAUCCAAGCCUUCAUAGCAACUGUACUAAAAAUGGCAGCGAUGGACUGUAAAGGAGCUUGAUGAUUGCUGAUGGUCCUGGUCUGAAGCUACUGAAUCUUCCUGAAGACUUUUUUACUCAAAGGUUGCAGUUGAAAAUUCCUGUGGUGAUCUAUUAUUCUUUCUUGAAAAGUUUUGCAGAUAAAAUUGCCUGCAGGUCAUCGGUACACAGCAUUUCCCACAAAGUGCAUUUCCAGAGCAGAAAAUCAUGUUUUUUGUCUUCUGAAAAGUGUGCUCCAGGACUGUGGGCUCAUCUGUUUUUAAGAGAAAUGUAUUUAUUGUACUCGAUCAUUUUUUCAUUUGUAAACUUUUUUUUUAUUACAGUACAAACAAUUGACUGCUUUCAUCUUGCCAAAUUCUACUGAACAGGAGCCUGUCAAGGGCUGCAGGUCUUAUGUGUCAUAAUGAAUUGCAGCCAAGAAAACCUUCAGAUAUGUUUGUUUUGCUCUAUGAGCUGCAGUGCAGAUGGCUGAGGAUAUAGCAAGUGAGCGUGUUCGGGGACUAGCUCCUCAACAAUGUUAAUAUUCUGUAUAGUAUUUAAUGUAAGCUUUUGUUUAAUUCUGUUCAUUUUCUGUAAGCACGUUGUUGAAUAAAAACUUGAAAGAAAUUUAAAUGC